CGGUGAGUCGACUGUAGUCGUUUAUAAACUAUCGUUAUCCUAAAAUUGAUUGAAUUUUUAUAUAUUAUUAUAAUUGUGCGCACAAUUUUCAUAUUUCUUUCGAUAAUCAACGCUAAUUCUUUUGUCGAAAGAUGGCAAAUAUAAUUACAAGUGAGAAUAAUUGUUCAAGGAACAGAGAAACGGAACGUAGCUUGACAGUCGGUCACGAAGCGAUCGAUUUUGAAAGGAACGCCGUUCUUCGAAAAUACGGAACCAAUCGAUCGUAUGCUAACCUUAGAGAGUAGAAGACCGAAUAAAUGGAUACCUAAUACGAAACGCAUCGAAUCAGUGAUUGUACGUUCAUAAGUGGCAAUGAGGACGCGCGGUUUGGAUCGAUCAAAGAAUUAGAAUAGUUCUUUCUCUCUCCCUCUUUCUCUCUCUCUCUCUCUCUCCCUCUCUUUCAUCUCUUUCCCCUUAUUUCCCAUCUCUCCCUCCCUCCCUCCCUCCCUCCCUUCCUUCCUUCGGAAGAGAAUGAAAGUGUGCUAGAAAAAACGUGACAUCGAGUGCAUUGGUCGUGAUUUCCUUUUCCUUUACGUAUUUCGUGUAUAACGUGUGUUACGAACACGUAUGUGCGUUAUUUCUAAUAUAUACGUGUAUGCGCCUGUGCGUGUGCAUGCGCGCGCGCGCGCGCGAGCUCCGGCGAUGUCAGAAGUUCAUCGCAUGAAAGCAAUUGUCGGUUUUGUUCGAUAAGAAUGGGGCUGCCGGUGAUCGACCGACGGUUAGUGGUUUAACGUAACAUAACAUUACUUGACGCUACUGCAAACAUAGUAUGCAUAUUGGUGAAUAUAGAUGAGUGACACAUGUAUACGUAGCUGGUGUACAAAUACAUGGGGAUAUAGUUAGUGCGUGUGCGUAGGUGGGUAUCGAAUAUAAUGUGGGUGUGGGUGUGCGUUGUUCGUACGUAUGGACGUUCGUACGUACGCGUAUUUUGUGGUAACGUGUAAUGGCAUGGAAAUGAGGCGCGCGCGAGUGUCACGCCGAAAGAUACGCCUCUCGCCUGGAAAGCUACUUUGUGCUCUAAACUCGAAAGGAGAAUCCUCUCGCGAGUGGCCGCUCUUACCGGUUUAACCUCGUCGACAUCGUGCGUGUGUUCCUUCUGGCCUUUGAUUCUAUUUAUCCGGUUUUCGGAUACAUCUGUAAUUUUCCAUUGAAUUUUCAUCAACAUGUAUUAACAUCAAGUUACAACGAUUGUAAAGGGUCUCGUUCGUCAUUCACGACCUUCUUCAGAAUCUUUGGAUAUCCGAAAGAAAAAUGCGCAACGAGUGGCUAAGAAACUUGUUCGCGACAGCAAUUUUCGCCCUUAUGGUACAUGGGCAAUUGAGAUCACCGCGUAUAACGGAACAUCCUUCGGAUAUAAUAGUGGCCAAGAAUGAGCCGGUAACAUUGAAUUGCAAGGCGGAAGGUAAACCUCAGCCCGUGAUUGAGUGGUAUAAGGACGGUGAACUGGUUCAAACAUCACCCGGAGAUGCAAAAUCACAUCGUGUUCUUCUUCCUACGGGAUCUCUUUUCUUCUUGAGAGUAAUGCACGGGAAAAAAGAACAAGACGGAGGAGUGUAUUGGUGCGUUGCAAGAAAUCAAGCAGGUUCUGUUCCAAGUCGAAACGCAACGCUAACUGUCGCAGUGUUGAGGGAUGAGUUUCGUGUCGAACCACAAAAUACAAGAGUCGCAGCUGGAGAGACUGCUCUGUUAGAGUGCGGACCACCCCGAGGUCAUCCAGAACCAACGCUGCAUUGGAAAAAGAAUGGUCACGAGAUAGAUUUGGAUGCUACUAAACGUAUCACUUUGGUAGACGGAGGAAAUUUGAUGAUUUCGGAUGUUAGGCAAACUGAUCAGGGAAAAUAUCAAUGCGUUGCCGAGAACAUGGUGGGCGUGAAAGAAUCUGCAGUGGCAACUUUAACAGUUCACGUGAAGCCAUUCUUCUUGUCGACUCCUGCGAAUCAAACGAUCCUGGCUGACCAAACGGCUGAGUUCGCCUGCCGCGUAGGCGGCGAUCCUCCACCUGAGAUCCUUUGGCGUCGAAAUGAUGGGAAAAUGCCAAUCGGGCGGGCGCAUAUUUUGGACGACAAAAGCUUGCGAAUCGAAAGAGUGACGUCGCAAGAUCAAGGGACGUACAUUUGCGAUGUUGAGAACGGUGUCGGUGCCAUAUCUGCGACUGCAACUUUGACAGUACAUUCGAGGCCAAUAUUCAGCAGUUUUCCAAAAGACGAGAUAGUCAGCGUCGGAUCGAACGUUUCGUUUUCUUGCGCGGCUCGUGGCGCACCGCAGCCUUCUAUCUUUUGGACACGCGAAGGUUCUCAAGAAUUAAUGUUCCCUGGAAACGAAUACCAAGGACGUUACAAAAUCACAGAGGAUGGGAGUUUACGUAUCAAGAGCGUACUUGGAAAAGACGAAGGACACUACGUUUGCAGCGCGAUCAGUCAGGCUGGUGCGAGCACAGCUACAGUCUUUCUUCAGGUUACAUCGGUCGAGGAGGUUCCACCGCCUGUCAUCGAAAUUGGAGCAACGAAUCAAACGGUGCCUCCGAAAAGUGAAAUUUCUUUGCCGUGCCGUGCAUUCGGAAGACCUAGCCCAAAAAUCCGCUGGUACAAGAACGACCAACUUGUACGAAUCGAUGGCGAUGAUCGAUUUGCGAUCGCUGGUAACGGCACUCUUUCUCUAAAAAAUCUUCAAUCGAGCGACACGGGAAUAUACAAGUGUGUUGCAUCCUCCGAGUCCGGGAAUACGUCAUGGUCGGCUAGUUUAACGAUUAGCCCAGCAGCGAGUUAUCACGGCGUCGUCGUGCCAGAUAUAUCGCUACUUCCUGAAAGUCCAAGCAAACCAAGAAUAGUGAAUACCACUAGCAACACGGUCACGCUCACCUGGAGCCCGGGACACGAAGGCGUUAACAAAAUAAUCGAUUACACGGUCGAGUAUUUUGCUACGAAUCCAAAGACUAGCUGGAUCGUUGCCGGAACGAGAAUAAUAGAUGACGUUUAUACCGUAACAAAUCUCAAGCCAGAUACGAGUUACGUGUUCCUUGUUCGUGCUCGAAACAGUCAGGGCCUUUCCGUUCCUGGACCGUUUUCCGAUGUGGCGCGCACGACUAAUAUCGAUCAACACGCGAUUCCUCAAACUGAACUAAUUCGAGCAAGAGAUCGUCUAAACAGUGAAAUUCUUUACUUGAAGGAUGUUCAGCCUUUGAGCAGUACCAGCGUAAAGAUCGUAUGGGACAUACUGGGAGCUGCCGAUUUGGUCGAAGGCUUGUAUAUAAGAUAUCGUCAAGUUUCCGAGAAGCCAGAAUAUCGAAUGGUCACGGUACUGAAUGCCGGAGCAACCAGCUACGUUUUGACCAAUUUAAACAAGUACACGCGUUACGAGUUCUUCCUAGUUCCUUUUUUCAAGACUAUCGAAGGGAGACCGAGCAACGUGAAACUGGCGAUCACGCUGGAAGACGUACCUUCCGGGGCACCUGAAAAUGUUCAUGUCGGCAUGAUAAAUGUGACCUCGGCAUUCGUCCGUUGGUCUCCACCGCCGAAAACCACACAGAAUGGACAAUUAAUAGGAUAUAAGAUUCAAAUCAAGAGCAAUAGCAGCAACAAGAUUUUGGGCCAGAUGUCUUUAAAUGCGUCGACAACGUCCGUGAUUAUCAACAGCCUAACGACAGGUGGUCUUUACACGGCGCGCGUUGCCGGGUUAACUCGUGUAGGUCUUGGACCGUUUUCCAAUCCAACCGUUUUGAACAUGGAUCCAGGACAAUUGACGCAGUUACCGCCACGAACCGAUCCGAGUCAAAGAAAUGCCUCUAUCGUGAGUGAAACUUGGUUUUUGAUUCUCGUGAUAACGGUCGUAUUAACCAUUAUCGCCGCGUUAUUGGGCGCUGUUUACGUUCGUCGAAGGCAAGCGAUGAGUAAACAACUCGGCCAUUUGAAUGUUCCUGUCGGCACGGCUAAUGACAUUUGUCAAUUAAACAAAGAUACUCUGUGGUUAGAGCGUGGUUGGAGGCCGAGUAACACACUCCAGGCUUCCACCACCGAUAAGGACUGCGAAACGAAGCUAUUAAGCAAUCAGAAUCAAAUCGGCCUCCCACCUGGAAUCGUUGGAAUGGCUGGCUCGGAAUACGCUGAAGUUAAUCUAACGACAUUUUACAAUGCUCGAAAACAGUUGCAAGCUCCGCCAGAACCAUACGCCACAACGACACUGUGCAUGCCUGCUCGUAGCCCGGAUUCGAUAGAAACCGCCGGUCGAAAGUCGAAUUCCAGCGAUUCUUGUCUCAAGCCGGACUAUUCGAGUUUAGAUUCGAACUUGGAUCGUAACAAAUCAACCGUGUCUCCGAGCAGCGACAAUGCCAGCAGCGUUUAUAACGCAGAGGAUAAUACGGAAGCGCAAAGAAGAGCUCAUCAAUACAGAAUGCCGCUGCCAAAUGAAAAUCAACCACCGAAUUGGUGCGAUAUGCUGCCACCUCCGCCGGAACAUCCGCCCUCGUUCGAGGGAUCUCUCGGUUCUACCAGAUCGCAUUCGCAUACGCAUCAACACCAACACCAACAUCAGUAUCAAUAUCAUCAUCAUCAUCAUCCGCAUCAAAUGCAGCAUCAGUAUCAGCAUCAACACCAUUAUCAACAGCAGCAGCAGCAGCAACAACAACAACAACAACAACAACAACAACAACAGCAACAACAGUACCAACAUCAAACCGCCUUUAGCCCCCACCUAGGCAAGAGAAGUAUCGAAAGGCAAAACGAUUUGGACUUGAUCACGAGUGCAGGACUAGCGUUGGGACUGGGUUUAAGCUCGAGUUCGAAUUCAGGUUCCGGUUCUGGUUCGGGUUCUGCAGGUGGAAGCGGCGGCGGCAGCGGCGGCGGCAGUGGUGGAGGCACUGGUAGCGGUGGUGGUGGAGGAGGUGGCUCCGGUUCGGGCUCGGGAUCGAGAAAUUCGCAAAGUCCACCGAGUCCGCCGACCAGAAUAAUUAACAAUUUAGGAGGUUCGAAUACAAUUUGGAACGAUUCGGGUCAGCAGACUCAACCAUUCGACAAUUCUAUUCCGCAAACUAACGUGCAUCAGCAAGGUAGAUACACGAGUUUGCCUCCGCAAACGAAUCCACCGGCACUGCCCGUCUUUCCACAAUCGUUCGACUGUUACGAUUCGUACAAAGGUAAUCACGAAAACGAAUACGAGAGCGGCUCUCUUUUGUACGGUCAACGAAAUGAUUCGCCAUCGGAAGACUACGAUUCUGCGUACAGUCAUGUAAAUCGUGCGGAUUCACGAUCAGAACGAUCAAUAGCGAACGAGGAUAUCUAUCGACGAAACGAUCAAGAUAUCUAUACAACGGAGAACCUUUAUCAAGCUGAGAACGACGAAUGGGAUAGAAAGUCCUGCGAUUCGAAUGCACACUCGGAUAUUUGUUGUUCCUGUUCGGAAUCCAGUUGCCUCUAUGGGAACACCCUCGAAUACAACGACCAAUUCGCUCCGACAUCGGCCAAUUGCCUCCAUGGUAAAACAGGUUCUCGAAAUAGAAGUGGCAAAAGUCCACGUAGAAGAAAUACUAGAACUGCUUCACCGACCUAUAGUAGCGGUGACAGUAAUUAUUCUUGUAUCCCUCCAAGGCAAUCUGGAAACAUUAGCUCGCAAGAAAGGACGAGGCAUAACCGUGGCAAAGAUAAAGUGCCUAGCUUUUCGAGAAUCGGCGGCUAUCCUCAGCACAAUUCCUCGGCCUCGAACACAGUCAGCAGUUCUGGAAGUCAAAGAUACAACAAGCUGAACAACGUUUUCGUAGGUGGUGGGAAUUCAAACGCUCCUAUAGAGUGCAGUCGGCCGGCCGACCUUCGCGAUGGCUAAUGUCACAAGGAUUCUCGGAGGAUCAAGACCGACCGAUAGAAUCGACCGUUGGCGAUACGAACCGCUGUUUCAACCUCAAACGAAUUACUUGGAUCGCAACGAAUCGUAGCCGUCUCGCGCGACAAUAUCGCCAACAUUCUCAAAGUACCUUUUCCGGGCUAAGCUCGUCCACGAUAUCUCCAAACCUUAAUAGCUACUCGUAUUAACCGUGAUAUUCCUUUAUUCCUCUCUCUCUUUUCUUCCUUCCACCCUCUGCCGCGCGAAACUCUUUCAUUCAUAUUCAUUAAUAUUCUCCUAAUAGAUGGGUUUAACCUCGUCUCCAUUAGCCCUGUUUUUUACGCAAGUAGUGCGAAGAAUGCGUUCGUCUCGUAGCUUCGAUACUUUUCAUAAUUACCUAACCGAGUUGUUACGUUUCUUCGUUUUUUGCUCAAUAUAUACCAACCACUGCCAUUGAGUAAUGAAAAUGGAUGAUGGACGAUAUGGUUGACAGUGAACAGUGAACAAUGAACAGUGAACAGUGAACAGUGAACAGUGAACAGUGAACAGUGAACAGGAUGCGAGAUGAUGAAUAUGACGAAAAGAAAGUGUUAUAGAUCGAAUAGAUUUAGUUUCAUAAUCUUUGUUCGUGAGUAAUUUACGAUUUCAACGUCGACUUCGACAUUGCAAACGAUAUUAACACGCAAUAUAUUGUUACGCGUAUGCGUACAUGGCAGUUCUGUGCGCUGGAGCAAUGUGGCACUUGUGUACUUUCCAGAAAUUUUAAAUUUUCGCCGCUCAGAGUUCCGCACGGUUCGAUUAUUUUCCAAUGCAACGUUCCUAAAUGGUUAAAAAUGAUUCUUUAACUUUGUCGUGCGGAUACGAACGUGUUGCCACGUGAUACUUCUUAAACGACAUACACACGUAUGCACAACUUUUAAGGGUACGUGCAGCAAAGAACGAUCGACUGUCGUGCAACAAGUAUUACAUCAUAUCGAACAGUUUUUUUUUGCGUAUGUACAUGUACGUGUGCGUGUGCGCGCGCGCGCGCGCGCGCCUGUGUGUCUGUGUGCAGAAGCUUCUUUGUUCUAUGAGCAGUUGAAACAAUGGAAAGUAGCUAUCGACCGAUAUCUUUCGUCGUAAAUCUCCAAUGCGAAUCGGAAACGAGCAGCUAUCGUCCGUAUUCUGUUCGUUGCAUCGAUCGAAAGGGAAAAAACAAUUGUCACGUAACAUUGACGAAUUGAUUCGUCGGUAAUCGCUUACGAAUACCAGUGAAGAUUACGGCAGACAAAGAAAAUACGAAUAAGUGACAAGCUACGAGGACGACGACCAACAGUGUUGAAACGGCCAUUAUAAUAUUCUAAAUUGGAUCUAAUCGGGCGUCGUUGAUCCGAGCACGUUUACAAACUGCAUCUCUUGGUUCCUCCUAAUCUCAGUGUAUGUUGCGUGAGAGUUCGUCGAGGCUUCGGAAUUGGAACGAAUCUGUAAUGUAAAUUGAGAUAGUCGAGUAGAGGACACACGUUGUGUAAUAAUCGCUCAAAUUCGUUGUAAUUAGUUUGUUCUUCUUUCGCGUGAGGAAACAAAGAAUAAAUAUUAUUAAAGAAUUGACUGAUUGUAGGUCGGCGAUCGUCGAACUAUACUAUACCGUUCUAAUGAAUGGGUUUAUUAAUACGUUGAGCGCGGCACCGGUCCUUAGGGGCUGGCAAUGAACUUUCCGUGUGAACGGCGCCGGUCCCUGCGAACCGGUACUGAACUUUUCGUUUGGCCGACGUCGGUUCCUGGGGUCGACAGUAUUAAAGUUAAAAAUAAAUGUAGUCAUUUCAAUGAAAUUUAUUAAAACACUCUACUAAACAAAAAUGUGGCUUGGAUUUACACAUAUUACAAAACGUGACAAUUUUUUUGGUCAAAUUUUUGGCUAUCUUGCGUUCAAGUAGUUUUGAAUUGUUAUCAUAACAUCCCGAACAAUAUCUUCGCACUUUAUGUACGUCUCCUUCCUUUUUGUGUAAUUUAUGAACAAUUCUUCCUUCAACUUGGAUAUCUGGCUGAUUGCCUUUUGGAUCAAACCAUUCAUUUCGAUCACAGAUUCAACAGUAGAUAAGCCCAAGUGCUUACCAGUGCGUGAAGUCGCGUGCCUUGAAGUCGCGGAUCACCCUGUAUCAUCGUAUCACUUGAGCGCUCGCUCGCUGCCGGCUAAACGGAAAAGAUAGCAAUUUCGGCGCCGCGCUCAACGUGUUAACAGACGUUAACAAGCGUCAAAGAGAAAUAACAGACGCUGAACGCACUGCCGAAUAUCACAAUUCCGAAUAUCACAAGACUACGUAGAUCGGGUGUGGAGAUACGAUUCAAUGUGUAACAUAAGUAUAUAAAAUUAUCCGCGCGAGUAACGGUUCGCAAAUGAAAUUGGUAAAUCCGUAGAUCGCAUAUAGAAACAUACAAGUAUAAUCCAUCCAGAAAGGUGAGAAACAAGAAUAAAAGAGGAAAAAGCUAUUAGUAACGAAUUAAAUUAAAAGAAGGAGAGCGUUCGUUUUCGUAGAGUGUUUAAAUAAAUGAUAAAUUUCGAACAAGAGUUAGAGAAAGAGAGAAACGUAGCAACGUAGAACUUAUAUUUUAAGUAUUCACCGUAACAAUAUUCAAACAUUAUCUCUGAUAGUCUGUUUAGACUGUACACUGAGUUUGCCAAACUUCGUCUUUACGGACUCUAUUGACUGGUGGUAAAUGGUCCUUUUCUAUAGGCACAUAUGUAUGUAGAUUCUUUUUGGGAGAAGAAACAAACAAACAAACAAACGAACAAACACCUCCAAAUCUGUACAUAAAUUCGCACUCGAACUCUUCCACAAUAUAGGAGCAGUUCGAUCGAUAGUAGUUACUUAUUUAGAUACCGAAAAUAUUUCGAGUUCAAGAUCGAGAACUCGUGAUACUUUUGUCACAGAUUAUGCGACAGAGUAAACGAUUCUUGAACCAGUUAUACCGAACCAUCCUAUCAAUUUGCAAAGCGAAAAAGGUAAUGACGUUAUUUUUAUAGUUUCUCAUAUUUGCACGAUUGUUAUGAUGGUUCAAACUGUUUGUAUGUAUCAUAUUACGCGUAACACCUUCAACGUUGAACGAAAAUAGAAGAUCGCGUACGGAUCGUGAUGACACACACACACACACGCGCGCGCGCGCGCAUGUACACGCACGCACACACCAAAUUCUUUUUUCCUUAAACUCGCUUUUAUUCGCAUCCCCACUAUCGCGGACUUACUGCGCAACCCCCCCCCCCCCUCCGCUUCCCCUUCUCAAUCCCGUGCAUCUUUAAUUCUUUCAUUCUCGUUUCUCGUGUCGUCUAUUGGCCCGUAAUUUGAGUUGUCCUGUCUAUCUUAAAUUGCUCUUACGCUUAUGCGCUUGUUCUUGCGCUCGUCGCAUCUUCAUUAAUUCUCCAUUUACUCUACCACUCGACCACCUGCCGAGAAUUAAAACCGGGUACGGAAUAUAACGAGAAACACAUGUCGAUGUGUUCUUCCGUUUGUGAAAAGUGAAAAGUGAAAAGUGAAAAGUAAGCAAAUUGAAUGUAAUCCGAACUAAAUCGUCUUCGUUGAAAUCGAUUAAACCAACUUUGCCCCGAGCGAGGGAAAGUUUCACGAAAGUUUCAUAAGUGAUUUAUUAUCAAUCACUGCCAAUAGCUGAAUAGUCUCUUGCGAAGAUUGGACGCUUUGUUGACCGACUGACAAAAAUUGUCGACACGGUAGAAUAACUAUAUAUAUAUUUUAUAGUCGCAACGCGCUAAUCGUCAUAUCAUUAACAUUCGGAUCGAAAGAUCUAAUAACGAUAAAAAACGUUCCGAACACUACGAUUCGAUAAGUUUCAAUUUUACUUGCAUCUUUUAGCCGCUAGGUCUAAAUUAAAUCGCGAAGGCUGAUAAGUGAUUUAGCUUAAAUAUUCUUUACGUUUUGUAAAUAAAGCGCAUAAAAGAAACAGAAAUUGUUCGUUCGUUCGUUCGUUCGUAAGCGUUUUCGUAGGCAAUAACUUAUUUAUUAUAAAACAAAUGCAAGUGAUUGUCCACUUUGAACAUGUUAUUGAAAAGGAAAAUAUGAUACUAAUAAAAUUGGUCGAUACAGGCUAGUGUCAUACGCGUACAGGCAAACACAAGACGCGCACAAAUGUAGAUAAUUAAAAAGUAAUAAUUAUUAUUGUCAAGUACUACAUAUGCAUAUAAAGCGAUAUACAAAAGCGUUACGCAAUAUACGAGUAACGAUUAUUAAUAAAAAGAAAGAAAAAGUGAUGUUGAACAUA